UGGUUGUGCUGGUGGUGGUGGCGGUGGUGGUGGUCGCGAUCGCGAUCGCGUCCGUCUCUCGACUCUGAACUAACCGAAAAGCCGUGCGCAACCAUCGUCACGCAAGAUGACAGCGAAGUAUGUUUUUAUCACGCUGAUGAACGCGGCUUUCCUUUGCCUGGCAUCAAGUAUACUCUCGGAAUCGGCCGGAGCUUCCUGCAAGUGGUUGUCAGAGGGUGGGAACGACACGCGGUCCGCGGACUGCACCCUUCGAGUGUUGGAUCCUGGCGCGAUCACCGGUCUGGUUGCGUCGCUCGACGGCGCUCUCAAGCUACGGAUACGUUGCAGCGACGUCCAUCACUUCGAGAGUAGCUUCAAUGCUCACAGUUGGCAACGUUUGACCAGCUUGCACGAAUUGCACGUGCACGGCUGUAAGGUACUGCGGAUACCAGAGGGUGCGUUUCAACCGCUUCUCGAGCUGAAGAAACUGACCGUGCAAACGUUCAACGCGGUAUGGGGUGCCAGCCGUUUUCUCGAACUCGCGCCGGACUCUUUCCACGGUUUGCGCGAAUUACACACUUUGGAGAUCGUGGAGAGCAACGUGCAAGCGUUGCCAGCGAAACUACUCUGCUCGCUGGAUAAUCUGCAAACAUUGAAUCUGACGGAGAAUCGUUUGCACGACGUGAGCGAUAUCGGAUUAAAUCGACGCGGUGGCGAUUCGAUCGAAGGAAUGGAAGUAGUCGAGGGAGCCGACGGGACCGACGACGAUUCGCCACCGUGUCGCGCGGACAUUCGAAUUCUAGAUCUGUCGCGUAACGAGAUCACGCGUUUACAAGAGAACAGCCCGUUGCUUGGUCUUCGUCAGCUGCAAGAGUUGCACCUGCAGCGAAACUCGAUCGUCGAAAUUGCCAGUGACGCGCUCCAAGGGCUGACCGUAUUGCGUACGUUUAACGCCAGCUAUAAUUCGUUGGACUCGUUGCCUGAAGGUUUGUUCGCCAGUACGAGGGAGCUUCGAGAGAUACACCUGGCGUACAACGGGCUCCGCGACCUGCCCAGGGGUAUAUUCACCCGGCUGGAGCAGCUGCUCGUGCUAAAUCUUGCGGGCAAUCGACUCGGCAGUGACCGCGUCGACGAGACUACGUUUCUCGGACUGAUUCGGCUGAUCGUUCUCGACCUCUCUUACAACAUGCUGACGCACAUCGACGCGCGUAUGUUCAAGGACCUGUUCUUCCUACAGAUCCUCGAUCUUAGGAACAAUACGAUCGAUCGGAUCGAGAGCAACGCUUUUCUCCCACUUUACAAUCUGCAUACCCUCGAGCUGUCCGACAACAAGCUUCACACCGUGGGAGCGCAACUGUUCAACGGUCUGUUUGUUCUGAAUCGGCUGACGUUGUCCGGCAACGCGAUCGCCAGCAUCGAUCCGCUCGCGUUUCGCAACUGUUCGGACUUGAAGGAACUGGAUCUGAGUGGUAACGAGCUUACGGCGGUGCCGGACGCGUUACGCGAUCUCGCUCUCCUGAAAACCCUCGACUUGGGCGAGAAUCGGAUCAGCAAUUUCUACAACGGCUCGUUCCGCAAUCUGGAUCAACUGACGGGCCUGCGACUGAUCGGCAACGACAUCGGCAAUCUGUCGCGCGGCAUGCUGUGGGAUCUACCGAAUCUGCAGAUUCUGAAUUUAGCUAGAAACAAGGUGCAACACGUCGAGAGAUACGCCUUCGAACGAAACGUGCGACUCGAAGCUAUUAGACUCGAUGGAAAUUUCCUGUCCGACAUUAACGGCGUUUUCACCAAUAUCGCCAGUUUGCUGCUGCUCAAUCUGUCGGAGAAUCAUAUCGAGUGGUUCGACUACGCGUUCAUACCUGGCAACUUGAAAUGGUUGGAUAUACACGGGAAUUUCAUCGAAAGCUUGGGCAACUAUUACAAGAUUCGCGACUCGAAGGUGAAGACCUUGGACGCCAGCCACAACCGUGUUACCGAGUUGUCCCCGUUGUCCGUGCCGGACAGCGUAGAGUUGCUGUUCAUAAAUAACAACUACAUCAGCCUGGUACGACCCAACACGUUCAGGGACAAGGAGAACCUGACCAGGGUCGACAUGUACGCGAACAUGAUCGAGACAAUGGAGCUGACGUCGUUGCUGUUGACCAAGGUACCGGAAGAUCGAGCCCUGCCGGAGUUCUACAUCGGUGGAAAUCCGUUCAACUGCAACUGUUCGAUGGAUUGGCUGCCAGCGAUCAACAAUCAGACAUCGACCAGGGAGUAUCCACGUAUCAUGGACUUGGACAAUGUAAUGUGUCGUACAUCCGGACCACGUGGCGUAGCCAUUGUGUCCGCGUCAACGGCCAGGUCCGAGCAGUUCCUCUGUCGCUACGAGGCCCAUUGUUUCGCUCUGUGUCAUUGCUGUGAUUUCGACGCGUGCGACUGUGAGAUGACCUGCCCGGCAGGUUGCAAGUGCUACAACGACCGCACGUGGAACACGAACGCCGUCGAUUGCUCCGGCCUGACCGUCGAGGAGAUACCGCGGCGGAUCCCGAUGGACGCGACCGAGGUCUACUUGGACGGGAACGUGUUGCGCGAGUUGCAGAACCACGUGUUUAUAGGACGGAAGAACAUGCGAGUGCUGUACGUGAACGCCAGUGGCAUCGAAUCGAUCCAGAACCGUACGUUCAACGGGCUGAACAACCUGCAGAUUCUUCAUCUGGAAGACAAUCGGAUACGCGAGCUGAAGGGGUUCGAAUUCGAACGGUUGUCCCACCUGCGCGAACUCUAUCUGCAAAACAAUCUGAUCGGAUUCAUCGGUAACCUGACCUUCCUGCCGUUGCGUUCGCUCGAAAUAUUGAGACUCAGUGGAAAUCGAUUGGUGACUUUCCCGGUAUGGCAGGUCACUCUGAACGCUCGCCUCGUCGAGCUGUCUCUCGGCAGCAAUCCAUGGUCCUGUCGAUGCAAGUUCUUGCAAGAGCUGUCCUCGUGGGUUUCCGACAACGCGCACAAGGUGGUGGACGCGAGCGACGUUUGGUGCUACUACGGGGGGGACGCUAGGCCAGCGUACAGGCGCCGUUUGAACGUCAACGAAACGGUCUGUUCCGAUUACUUUUCUCAAGGUGGCGUCAUCGAGAGUAUCAUGGUUUCCGAUUACUUGCCUCUGGUGGCCGCAACGCUCUCGGCGGUGCUGGUUCUUCUGGUGAUCAUCGUGCUCGCCUUUAUAUUCCGCGAACCGGUCGGUGCGUGGGCGUACUCCAAGUACGGUUUACGGUUUCUGCGGUCCGGCAAACCGUCGGGCAAGUCGAGCGGAGCAGCGACGAUGCCGGCAGCGGCUGCACCGAUGGCCGCUGCGUGCUGCGACGCCGAUCGCGAACGCCUCUACGAUUGUUACGUUUGCUACAGUCCGAACGACGAGGAUUUCGUGGUGCAUUCGUUGGCGAUGGAACUGGAGCACGGCACCGCAGGAUUUCGGCUGUGUCUGCAUCAUCGCGACUUACCAUGCGUACUUCGUGCUUCCGCACCGGCCCCGAUCGUCUUGGAAGCGGUGGACGCGUCCCGCCGUGUCCUCAUCGUUCUCACUCGUAACUUCGUGCAAACCGAAUGGUCCCGUUUCGAGUUUCGCGCGGCGCUUCACGAAGCACUCCGGGGUCGAGCGGCGCAGUUGAUCGUCGUUCAAGCGGGACACGCGUGCCCGGAAGUGGAACGCGAUCCCGAACUACGACCGUACCUUAGAACCGCGGCUGCGAUCCUUACGUGGGGUGAAAAGAGGUUCUGGGAACGUCUCCGAUACGCGAUACCGUCAUCCGUCAAUACGAUGAUGAAUCCCGCCGAUAUAUCCGUCGAGAGUAAAUCGUCGCCCCUCGUUUACAAGCGUAACAUCAACACGUACACGUUAGACUGUGUCGGUAGCGAGAAGACGAGCAUGUCGACGCUACGCGCCCAAGAACGUGGUCAACGAUCCCUCUUUAAAGACUCGUCGUCCUCGCCAACGACCGCGUUGAUGUUGCAACACGCGCCGCCCGCCUAUUCUUGCGGCACGGUUUCUAUGCCUCAGCAACAGCUGCCACCUUCGUCGCCGCAGCCUAGGCUGACCGUCAAUCACGCCUAUCGAGACGCGGUUACCGUGCCAGGUAGCAAUCUCAUCGGCACCAACAACACCACCAUCAGCAGCGGCAGCAGCGAGGAUCAUAGGAGACCGCUGUCCGAGCACAUAUACUCGUCCAUCGACUCGGAUUAUUCCACGCUGGAGAGAACCGCCUGGAGACAGCAACAACCGCCGCCUCCGCCACCGCCACCAUCUUCCGGCCAGGCCUAUCUCGUCUAGCUUCGCGCGCACCGAUUCUCUUCUGCUUGUGAUAUACCUUGGAUAAACGUGAACGAGGAGCUUCUCUUGCUUUUUGUGUUCCGUUUCACUGCCGUUUCACUACCGUUUCACUGCCAUUUUACAGCCGUUUCACUACCUGUCGCAAAGGGGACGGUAUGAACGCCGAGCCUCUGAGUAUCUAAGCGUCCAACUGGCUCCAACGAACUAGCCGAUCAACCAAUUUGGACAGUCGAUAAACGAAACAUAUAUUUUCUCGAUUUUUAAUUCGCGUAUCGAGUGUCCAAGGUUACUAGGGGAACGGGAGAGAACAUCGAAUUCGAUUCGCGCCGCCGCUACAUAUGUACCUCGAGAGAUCGUCGUCGAGCUGCUGUCGCCUUUUCACAGGCUGUGCUUAAAACGAGGGAGACGUUGUUAGUAGCGAUAGAGGAACGCGCGAUUAGCUCAAAGCACAUACUAUGUUCCACGCGACUACUAUCCAAAUAUUUGUCCGCGACGAUCUUUUUUCUUUUCUCGUGAAACGCGCUCUUGCUUUGUUUGAUCGGUAAAGGCGUGAUUGUUCACUUUUCCACUCUUGCCUGUUCCCCCAUCCCCCCUUUUUCCAUCCCCUUUCUUUUUUCCCCCCUAUUCGGUCUAUUCCCCUAUUACGUCUCUCUUUUUCUUCUUUUCUUCUCUUCUAUGUACCUCCCCACCCCCGCCCAUUAUCUCUGGUCCCUGUCUAGCAGGCUCCUCUCUCUUUCGUUGUACAACUAAUUGCGCGCGCGCGCACAAACUGUAUCGUGCGAAUUUCUGAAUGGCGUCUCGCGAGAAUCUAGUUCGACGGACACUCUCUUCUCCGCUCCCUCUUCCACUUGGCUCGACGACUUUACACCGAGCAGUAAAGUAUAAACACGCGCCGUCUCCUUUGCGCCGUGAAAUCGGUUUUAAUGGCGAUUUAGGGCCACGCUCUUGUACAUAUCUAUUAUUAUACGGAAAAAAGGAAACGCAAUAUGUAAAUAAGAUUGCAAAAUGUUGCAAGUUUGUGUCGACGUACGUGUACAUUGUAUAUAUAUUAUAACUAUCAAUUAUACAUAUACGAGAGGGAACGAUACGUCGAUUCGGACGUGUUACGGUUUUAUCGGCGCGUAGAAAGAGAGAGAGUUUUAGCUUCGAUUUUGAAUUCUCGACUAGAUAGACGAUGACUUUUUGUAAUUUUAUAUGUCCGGUCCGAUGAUAACACUGUACGAUAUGUAAAUAUGUAUAUCACAAAACGUUUCGCCUCGUGUAAAAUAUUAUUCGCCGCGUAAGAAUAAAAAGGAAGGGAGGAAGAAGUUACGAAAAUACAAAUCGAGACACAAAGCUCGUAAUUAUGAGUGAGAAACGGAAAAAAUGGAAAAGCAUGCGCUUUGCAAUACUGUGAACCACGACACAGGUUGCGCGUGUGUCGUAAACUUAACUGUAUACUUGAUUUAUUUAAAUCAUGUGAAUAAAUUUAUAAAAUACGUUAUUA